AUGAAUAAUCCUAAUGAAAAUCAAGUUAUUGAUAUUAAUAACGCUAGAAUCUCUAAUGUGACUAGACCAUCAAAUGCUAACAGCUUGAUUAACGAUCGAAAUAAUCAGAAUUUGUUUAACUGGUGUGAAGAGGAUGGGGAAUUUGAGUUUGAUGAUGAAUUUCCUAGGAUUGUCAAGAAUCAAGUUGAAGUUGUGCAACAAGGAGGUGAUCAUCAUGGAUCUCAACCACAGCCGCAACUUGAUUUGGUUGAUAAUAAUGGUGAUUUCAAUUUUGAGGGAGAUGGAAUCAUUGGAUCGGGGCAAAUUUCUUCACUUAAUAAUGAUCAAGUAAUUACAACUAUAACAAAUGAUAGGAAUGUCGUUGAAGGGCAGAAGCAAAAUGACGAAGAGGAGGUUGUGUCUUCGCAACCAUCUCCUACCGAAAAUAUUAAUCGGGGUCAUAAUUUUCAAUUUGGUGAAGAUUUGGAUGAGUUGAUGGUAGAAGAAAUUGGUAAAAUGAAUCAUGGUAAUUUAUGUACUGCACAAAAUAAUGAAGUUCCCGUGCAAUCAGUUUUGAUUGAUCAAAAGGAUGUUGUUACUUUAGAAGAUGUGAUUACAAAAUCUCAAUCCCCUGAAAAAGUUCAGAAGUCUAAACAAACGCCACAAAGAGGCAGACAAAAGAAGGGUGCAAAGAAGACAAGAUUUGAUGCAGAAAUAAUAACUUCAUCUGCUGAAAAUCCUAAAUCGUCAUCAUUCAAAUAUAAAAAUGAUCAAGCCGACCAAAAUGAUUAUUCGUCAGCCCCAGAGAAUGAUCCAAAAACUAAAUCUGGUAGAAAGGUUCAAAGGCCAGAGUAUUUCAAUCCUACAAUUUUUGGAUAUCGCAAAAAGCUUGCAUUGGAAUCUAAAGACUUUGUCAAUAAUAAUACUCCAAAGAAAACAUAUAAAAAAACUGGUAAACGUAGAACCAAGCACAAGCUAAAAAAUGCGAAUUUUCCACAAAAGUCUGAAAAUAACCCUCCAGAGAUCUCAUCAGAAGAUAAACAAAUGUACGCGAUAGAUGCUUCAAUGAAUUCGCAAGACUUAAUACCAGUACAAACAUCAAAUGGAUCGGUUCUUUAUGAUCCAAACAAUCCAUCUACAAUAUAUGUUGAUCCUGAAGAUGAUAACAUAGUAUGUACUGUUUGUUGUGAUGGAACUUCUGAAAGACAAAAUUGGAUCGUUUUUUGUGACAAGUGUGACGCACCCUAUCAUCAACGUUGUCAUAGACCCAUAAUAGAAGAUAACGUGGCGGAAGAUUCUCAUUCCGAGUGGAUAUGUGCAAAAUGUAAAAAUAUACAUCGGUUUAGUAAACGAAUAAAAGUUGAGAAAAAGAAUCAAGAAAAACAUGAGAUUCAUGAGGAUAACGAAAUGAUCCAUGAAAUAAAACCAUUGCAAAUUGGUGCAGUACUGACGAGAGAACAGAAAGUGGAAUAUCUUUCGUCUUUAUCGCAAGAUGUUUUGGUAAACCUUUUAUUAUUAGCGGAGCAAAUGGAGCCUAAUAUCCCAUUGUAUCCGGCAAACAUUUUGGGAAAAUAUACAUCUAAUAUGUCACCUAGCAAUAAUGAAACGGAUGACACAAACCGAUCCGUUCAAGACACAGGGGAGUUAGUAGUGGAUGUACCUUCUGGGUUAUCGACAGCGGAGGUUUCAAACCUAUCAACGUUGGACAUAUCAACAAAUUUAAAUCCUGAAAAUAUUGAAACUGCACCUCAAAAUAUUUCGGAUCAAGAUAUUCAACAAGAACCUAUAACUCCUGAAUCAGAGCAAAGUAUACCUUCUAGCAGUUUGAAAGAAAUAACCGAACAUAGUAAAGAUUCAUAUUUACAUCUGUACAUAAAAGCAAUGUCCGAGAUCGGAAAUCCUAAUGGCAGCACGGCACAAACUAUGCAUGCCUGGAUAAAAAGCAAUUAUAAUGUACCGGAGAAUUUCUCCGCACGUGCAAAAAAAUCUCUUCAUUAUGCCGUUCAUAAGGGCAUUUUCAUAAAAAACAGUAGGAUGACAUAUAAAUUUAAUCCCGAUUAUAUUAAAGCGGUCAAUAUAAAUGAAAAUACAACUUCAACUCCAGCUCAAAAUAUGGAAAUAAAUGUUAAUGAUAAUGAUGGUACAUCUUACAAGGAAAUUACGACAGAAUUACAGAAUGAUGGAGAAACACCUGGUAUUGAAAAGCAGAAUUCUUUAUCAGAAAUCAAAGAUUUUAAUUUUUAUCCAAAUCAAGAAUUCUUUCUUGACUCAAUUUUGGAUGCGAAUCUUCUUGGUAAAGGUGAAGAUACUUAUACGCCAUCGACUAAUUCUCAAAGAUCCAGUUUGACAAAUACGGAUAAUCAUAAUGCAGAGAACGAUAAACAUAACGUUUCUAUUACGGAUCAAUAUAAUCAAAUAUCGACAUCACCUGAUAAGCAACCAUCAUUACCAGCACAAUCUCAAUCAAUAUCGAGAUUACAAAAGAUUUCGGUUAAUACGCCAAUGAUGAUUAAUAAUGAACAAACGCGUUUAGAUGUUCGACUUCCACCAUUGGCACCUAAACCAUCGAUUGACGUUCUUCCAUCGAUAAUCAGGAAUAGUUCUGUUCAUUAUCAACCAUCACAGCAACAAAUCACCAACCGUCAAAAUGAAUUAAUUUCCAGUUCGAUUGGAGGUAAUAAUUAUUUUUCAUAUUCAAUAAUUCAAACGCCACAAAUUCUUCCCAAGAAACGAACUUUACCAUUACCUCAAGUUAAUAAUAAUCAUAUCACAAAAAUUCGACCUUCAUCCACUAUAUCUCCGAAUUAUUCUAUUUUAAUGCCAACAGUUAUCAGAGGUGGUAAUCAACAAUCGCAACAGUCACAACAAAUGUAUGAUCAUACUAAAAUACGAGUGUCAUCAUCAUCGAUUCCUUCACUUCAAUCAUUGCCAACGAUGCAUAAUUCAACGACAAUGCCACACUCACCACUGCAUUCACUGCAACAGCAUCAAGCCUGGCCGUCAUCAUUCAAUCCAUUUUAUAUGACACCACAACCUGCUGGUAGUCAACAAGAUAAUCUUGGUACUUCAAGAUCUUCUUUAUCGAUGUAA